AUGCACUACCNAAGUUUUGAAGCGGCGGAAUUGCCGGAUAUAUAUACGAUUCUCCAGCACACCGCCCCGGCGCGAAUAAGGCGUGUAGUGGAUGAACUCACGUACUCGCACGCUGAGGGUGUGCUCCAUAUGUGUGACGGUCGUGCAUUGCCCGCAGAAGUUUAGGAACGUGUCGGUGUCGGUGUGUCCUCACCCUCUGGAAAUGAGGACAUGAUUUCCGCCAAAUGGGGUGCUGAGGGGUGGUCAAGCCGAUCGGAAAAGGUGUACACACGAGGCGCCGUGCAAAAGGCGACUGAUAUAGGUAGUCUGUGAACAUGCAACGCCCUCCGAAGAGUU